AUGUCGCCACGGCUGAUCCCCAUCGCCGCCGUCCUCGUCUUCAUCUCGCUCGGCCUCGUUGCCCAUCAAACAUUUAGCGACACGGGCAUCCUCAAUUUCCGGCACCCGGGCGCCGACCGAGCGUGCCCUUCACAACCUUCCGCGGCGCCAUCAUCACCAGCAAACGAUGGCGACAAUGCGGGGCAGGGCGCCGGCGGCGACGUCGUAGUGCCGCCGGGUCCGGUCCACAUCCCCAACACGGUGCACUUUGUCUACAUCUUCAAGGAGGGUGUGAGCGAGUUCAACUUCGAGUUUAAGCACUUCCUGUCCGUGUAUAGCGCGUGGUACUACUGGCGGCCCGAGAUUGUCUACAUGCACACCAACGCGGGCGCGCCGGCGGUCGAGGCGGCGCGCGAGGGCAAGGGCAAGGGCGGGCGGCCCAACCAGUGGAACCAGCUCAUCUUCAACGCCAUCCCCAACCUGCGCAUCAACAAUGUCGACGAGCCCAAGGUGGCGGGCAACGGGCGCGAAAUCAAAGUGAUUGAGCACAAGAGCGACUUUGUGCGCACGCAGGUGGUGCGCGAGAUGGGCGGCGUGUACCUGGACCUGGACGCGCACGCGCUGCGCGACGUGCGCGCGCUGCGCGACUGCGGCUUCGCGACCGUGUUCGGGCGGCAGAAGCACGGGCAGGUCAACAACGGCAUCUUCUUUGGGCGCAAGGACGCGCUGCUGCUGAACCGGUGGUGGGAGGAGAUGAACGCCGUGUACGACGGCGGGUGGACGACGCACGGCAACGGCGUGCUGACGUGGCUGGGCCCGCGGCUGGCGCGCGAGCCGGGCGAGGUGCUGAUCCUCGAGCAGGACGCGCUGCAGCCCGGCAGCUGGGAGGUUGAGGACAACAAGCUGCUGUUCGGCAUCCACAACGAGACGGCCUCGAACCUGCCCGCCGGCUUCCACGACGGCGACCCCCUGCCCGAGCACGCCGAGGCCAUGGAGGACCGCUGGAACAAGCGCAAGGACCCGGCCGUCUUCCCCGACUGGCAGCGCGACUACUCGAGCACUUGGGUCCUGCACGCCUUCGACCCCGGCCGCAACAACAACCCCGUCCCGGGCUUCAGCCACAUCUCGCCCCGCUACGUGCUCGAGCGCCAGAGUAACUUUGCCCGCGCCGUCUACCCCGUCGUCCGCCACAUGUACGACGAGGGCCUCAUCAAGGUCGACGACUCGUACAAGGGGGCGGAUUGA